AUGAUGGAGCUCCUAGAGGAAGAUCUCACCUGUCCCAUUUGCUGUAGCCUGUUUGAUGAUCCUCGUGUCCUGCCCUGUUCACACAAUUUCUGCAGAAAGUGUCUGGAAGGAAUUCUUGAGGGAAAUGUGCGGAAUGUGCUUUGGAGGCCGUCCCCUUUCAAAUGCCCCACGUGCAGGAAGGAAACUCCCGUUACUGGAGUCAACAGCUUGCAAGUCAACUAUUCCCUGAAAGGUAUCGUGGAGAAGUAUAACAAAAUCAAAGUAACUCCAAAAAUGCCUGUGUGCAAAGUGCACAGCGGGCAACCCCUUAACAUUUUUUGCCGGACAGACAUGCAGCUCAUCUGUGGGGUUUGUGCCACCCGUGGUGACCACACAAAGCACGUGUUCUGUUCUAUUGAAGAAGCUUAUUCCCAGGAGAAGCGGGCUUUUGAAACCCUGUUUCAGGGCUUUGAAACUUGGCGUUGUGGAGAUGCCCUCUCGCGGCUGGAUACCUUAGAAACCAGUAAGAGGAAAGCUCUGCAGAUGCUGACCAAAGAUUCUGACAAAGUGAAGGAGUUCUUUGAGAAGCUGCAGCACACGCUGGAGCAGAAACGAAAUGAGAUUCUCUCUGACUUUGAGACCAUGAAGCUUGCAGUGAUGCAGGCCUAUGAUCCGGAAAUCAAUAAACUGAACACAAUUCUGCAAGAGCAACGGAUGGCUUUUAACAUCGCGGAGGCCUUCAAAGAUGUGUCUGAACCCAUUAUAUUUCUGCAACAGAUGCAGGAGUUCAGGGAAAAAAUCAAGGUGCUCAAAGAAACCCCUUUACCUUGUUCCAGUGUGGACAUCAGCCCAACAAUGAAGAGCUUUGAUACCAGCCAGUGGAAUGGAAUAAAACUAGUUGAUGUGGACAAACUUUCCUUGCCUCAGGAAAACAACACUCUUAAAUUCAAGAUUCCCUCAGUCUUUUCGCGCAGAUUUAUAGUGACCUCUCUUAUUUGCUUGCUUACUCUGGCUGUCACCAGAAUGUCCUUUGUGGAGUCAGUUGUUGACAAUCUCCAGUGCUGGAAAUCUCAAUUCUUUACAAUUAGCUUGUCCUAUUUGGCAGAUACAGUGGAGAUAGCAGAUCAUGCAGUCUUUUACUGGGAACAGAUGACAGAUGGAGCUUCACUUCUAAGAGAAAAGUGUAAAAACUAUACGUUGGUUGUACUGGAUAAUGUUGCACAGUUUGUGUGCAAAUAUAAACUGUUGUGA